AUGCGGCCAACACCACUCGAGAGAUCCCGACUCUGCGACGCAUGCACCCACGCAUGCUCAAUGUCCAUCGUCGGCUGCACACCAUAUACCUGCCCAACCCACAGAUCCCAAUUCCCUAAAAACAAUUAUUCUUAUCCUAGUAGCUGGGAUCUUCUGAACGACAUAUCGCGCUGGGCAAAGUGGUCAAAGACAAAGCGCGACUUUCUUUCCGAAACAAGUUCAUCAGGAUGUCAUCUUUGCAUAAUAAUCGCACACGCCUUUGAUGAAAAGUCAAAAGAGCAGUUUCAGAAUCUAGGCAGUGAUGAGGUUGUACGGCUUUGCUUCAAAUAUCGCACUGUUGAGCGAGAUCCAAGCGGGAAGUUGGGUUGGGAUGAGAGGACGAACAUGGCGAUUACUGAUAUUGCAUUGGGUAUCGAUCUGCCUGAUGAGUUCUGGCUGGCGGUCAGGUCGGAUAAAGGUUCAAUGUUGGAAGAUGUGUCAUUCGAUCUGCGAAUGCGACCACUCCAAGAAACGGACACGAACCAUGUAAUCAAGACCAUUCCCGGCAAACAUGCCUCGACGAUGAACGACCAGAAUUUACAGCUUGCAUUGAAAUGGAUCAAAGGCUGCAAUCGCUCACAUCCCAUCUGCAAAGAGUUCCAACCACAACAGCCGAAUUGGCGUCCAACGAGACUCAUCCACAUCGGGUCAAAAGUUCAACAACCGCGACUCGUAAUUCCAUCAAAAGCAGUACCCUACAUUACACUGAGCUACUGCUGGGGAACUGAAAACACUGUUACUCUAACGGAAAAAACCCUCAUUCCAUUCCAAAACGAAAUCCCUCUGGCGAGUUUACCAAAUACCAUCCGCGAUGCAAUCACCACAGCACGAGAUGUCGGCUAUGAAUAUCUAUGGGUUGAUGCGCUUUGCAUCAUUCAAGACUCCAAACCCGACUGGAUCAAGGAGUCCUCCCAGAUGGGCAGCAUCUAUGGUUCAGCUGCUCUGACCCUCGCAGCAGCCGGGGCAUCAAGUGUACAAGACUCAAUAUUCUGCCGUCGCGAUCCCCGCGCAGUGAGACCAUGCGUCGCAAACAUAAUCAAAAGCUCGGUAUAUCACCGAGUAAGCUACCCAUGGGCUAUUUAUCCGCAUCAACCUGAACGCCUACUAUUCGACACCAUCAACGAGAGUCCUUUGAGCCGUCGAGCGUGGGCACUGCAAGAACUCUUGGUAUCACCGCGCACGUUGGUCGUUGGAUCGAAACAAAUGGUCUGGUCCUGCGCGACGACAGAAGCGAGUGAGACGUUUCCAAUUGGCUUGGAUCCGAAGUUUAGUACAGUGGUGAACGAGAGUGCAAGUCUGUCGUAUCUUCGCCAGAAGCUCAUGAGAGCUUCAAAGUUGGAGAAAGAGCCAUCGGAGUUUUGGAACGACUUUAUUAGCAGAUAUACCAAAGCUCGACUCACUUUUAGUUCCGAUACACUCGUUGCGCUACAAGGCAUCGUUGAGAGAAUCACUGAAGCAAGACGUGGAUCAAAGAAAGGUGCAUCGGAGCUGGAAUACGCCGCUGGUCUGUGGCGCGAUGAAAGUUUCCAGCAGAGCCUCCUAUGGCGUCCCAAGGUUGGAUCCUCGCCGACCCGACCAGAUUAUUAUCGCGCUCCGUCGUGGAGCUGGGCGUCAUUGGACGGCGAGGUUGACUUCUUUGAGCAAUACAUACCGUGGAUCUGGAACGGGAAGAAAACGGAGCUUGCAAGGAUCCUAGAUGUUUGCGUGGAGCCUCAGACUGGGUACUCGCUCUCGACAACUGGGCAGAUCAAGUCGGGCCUUAUCGAGAUGGAAUGCCACUUACGGGAGUGCUACUUGAUGAAGGCGCCACAAUCAGAAGACUCAUCAAAACAUCAAGAUGAUGAUGCAUAUGUUAUCGUCUCCUCUGUUGACUAUAAGAAAAUGUCUGAAGAUUUCUGCUUCAAAAGCCCCGCAGGAGGAGUCCAACAGGCACACAAAUUCGCCAACUCCUGUACUAUCGAUCUCCCAGAAGAAAUACCUUCAUCGCAGUGGGUUCAGGUUUAUUGUGUUCCUCUGCAAUUGGGCUGGUGUCAAACCGAUCGCUACGAACAGGCCGUAUGGGAGAGCUACGAGGGCUUAAUACUUAUCCAAAAUGACACCGAAGAGCAGGAUCUAUUGACAUCUGAGGGGUUCUGCGAUCUGUCUCAGACUUUCCGCCGAAUUGGAACCUUCACAUUUGAUCUUCAUGAUGAGAAUAGAGAAGCGCGAGAAAAUGAACUAUUGGGUCCGGUGGUGUUUGACAGAGAGGGUAAUUGGGAGAGGAAGAGGGAAACAGUCUGCAUCAUCUAA